CGGCUCCCUCCGUGGGCGGCUGGGCUCCGGGCGGGGGUUCCCGUGGAGCCCGUGGCGCCGGGCUCUCACUGUUUUACGUUCAACAUGGGGAGAUUUGGGGUGUUUUGUUUUAUGAAGGCAGCUGACAGUGGGCUGCCUCCCUCGGCAGCGCCUGCCGUGAAGCACGGGCAGAGCGGUGAGGCUCGGCCGCCAGCCUCCUGCAGGGGACGCGCUGCAAAAUGGCGGCGCUGGCUGAGGGCGCGCUGGGGGCUCCUCAUGAGGAGCGGGGGGCUUCACCUCGGGGCCCGCACAGCGCCCCUGCUUCUUGUCAUGUUCGUACGUUUUCACUUGAGGCUCCCUGGGGAAAUAAGUCACGUAUUACACCCCAAAUACCUGUGCACGGCAGCAAAAUGCAUUCAGCAGCCUUCCUUUUUUCCCUCCUUACUGAGAAAGAAUGGUAAAGCUGAUGAACGUUGUGCAACGCGUCUUAAUGAUUAACUACAAGUUCAGGAUAAGCUCAAUAGCAAUGAAAACCAGGUAGUUACUGGCAAGGGCCGAGAAAUUUUUAGGUACUGCGAUUCCAUAGCUGCUUGAUGUGAUCUUAAUGCAACAAGAAUAUCAGGAAACUACUGAAAGUGCAUGUUUCCAAAGAGGAGUCUGAAAAAGUACUGAGAUCUCCAAAGAGGUUUUCUUUUCUGAUAGUUCCUAAACUCUGAUACCCAUGGAUGCUGCAGAGUUCCGCAAGAGAGGGAAGGAGAUGGUGGACUAUGUUGCAGAUUACCUGGAGAAGAUAGAUAAAAGACAGGUCUUCCCAGAUGUGGAACCAGGAUAUCUGAGGCCCCUCAUUCCGGACUGUGCACCCCAGGAUCCUGAGAGCUUUGAGGAUGUCUUUAAAGACAUUGAGAAAAUCAUUAUGCCAGGGGUGACUCACUGGCACAGUCCAUACUUCUUUGCCUAUUUCCCUGCAGGCAGCUCCUUCCCAGCUCUUCUUGCAGACAUGUUAUGUGGUGGAAUAGGAUGUGUGGGCUUCUCUUGGGCUGCAAGUCCAGCAUGCACAGAGCUCGAGACUGUCAUGCUGGAUUGGCUAGGGAAGAUGAUUAAUUUGCCUGAAGAGUUUUUAGCUGGGAAGGAUGGACAAGGUGGAGGAGUCAUUCAGGGAAGUGCAAGCGAGGCCACCCUGAUUUCACUGCUUGCUGCAAGAACAAAAACUAUUAGGCGGGUGCAGUCAGAAAACCCUGAGCUAACAGAGGCAGACAUCAUGGGCAGGCUAGUGGCCUAUGCUUCUGAUCAGGCUCAUUCAUCAGUGGAAAGGGCUGCGUUAAUUGGUGGUGUGAAGAUUAAAAAUGUUUCUUCAGAUGAUAAAUUUACUGUUUGUGGUUCAGCCCUAAAGAAAGUUUUGGAUGAAGACAAAGCUUCUGGUCUUAUCCCAUUCUUUUUUUGUGCAACACUUGGAACCACACCUUGCUGCUCCUUUGACAGACUGUUAGAACUGGGUCCUAUUUGUAAUAAGGAAAAUGUCUGGAUGCAUAUUGAUGCAGCUUAUGCUGGGAGUGCAUUCAUCUGUCCUGAAUUCAGGCAUCUUUUAAACGGAGUAGAGUUUGCGGAUUCAUUUAACUUUAAUCCUCACAAGUGGCUCCUAGUGAAUUUUGACUGCUCUGCUAUGUGGGUGAAAAAAAGAUCAGAUUUAAUAGGUGCCUUUAAAUUAGAACCUCUUUACCUGCAGCAUCACCACCAGGAGUCUGGCCUUGUAACAGAUUACCGGCACUGGCAGAUCCCCCUGGGGAGGAGGUUCCGCUCCCUGAAGCUCUGGUUCGUGCUGAGGAUGUACGGGGUCACGGGACUGCAGGAGCACAUCCGCAAGCACGUCAGGCUGUCACAUCAGUUUGAACAUCUAGUCCUUCAGGAUGAAAGAUUUGAGAUCUGUGCUGAGGUUGUCUUGGGACUAGUCUGUUUUCGGCUGAAGGGCUCAAACGAACUAAAUAAGGCGCUUCUCAAAAGCAUAAACGAGGCCAAGAAGAUUCACCUGGUCCCGUGCUACCUGCGAGAGAAGUUUGUGCUACGCUUUGCUAUUUGUUCCCGCACGGUGGAAUCCACCCACGUCAAGUUUGCCUGGCAGCACAUCUCACGGCUGGCGACUGACCUCCUGCAAACAUGGGAGCAUGACAACCACCAGCAGUAACGGUGGUGAAGGAGCAGUGGGGAGGAGGUAAUUAGCUGGCUUUCUCUGUGUUGCCAAGCUUUAUUUUAGGGGCAGGUGGGAAAGUUGAAUUACGAGGGAAAAAAAUACAAAACCUGUUGUUUCGUAGCCCAGCUGCAGGAGCAAAACCCUUGCCAGCACGUUGUGUUGUAACCUUGGUGAUUCGUUCUCUACACUGUAUUCCUACGCACUGCAUUCUCGCCCUGCCUCUUUCCAGGCUGGAUGUGGCCGUGGGGGCUCAAGCUGUCAUUUCUUACCAUUUCUUAUCUGUCCGUUAUCCAGAGAGUUUAUUGAACCAGGCAACUCAAUGGGAAGUGUUAUUACUCCCUCUGUCAUCGUCAAUAAGCCCCUAGCACACCCACUCCAUUCUCUGUAGAUGAAACGGUGAGGUGUUAUAACCAAAUAAUUUAACGUUUUUAUGACUUCUGAAAAAAAAAUCCAAGUUGUGAGAAACUCAGUAACCUGGUUAUACACUGUUCACAUUCUAUCUAAACAGGCAAGUGCAAAGGUUAUAAUUCGGUAUUUUUGGUAUUCAAUCUUUUUAUAACUCAAGUUGGGACUUCAAGACUUCUUUCAUUACAUAGCCAAAUUAGGGGGAGUUGUGCAUUACAUUGACUGCCCUUAUGGCAGGUUCCCCGCUCUCUCCUUAAAGGUUUGCUUUUAAAACAGUGAUUUUGUCAUAUCUCAGCAAGUAUUUCAUGCUGUUUAUUGGUUUUCACUUAAAUCAUUCAGAAUGAGGCCUCUUAGAAGCUCCUUCUUCAGAGUUUUGCCAAAAUCCAUGUGCUACCUGAUGUUCUGUAUUUUUAACCAAGUUAUUAUAAGCAGUAACUAUGUAAAAUAAAUAAUCUGUAAG